CCCUGCUGGGCCGGGCCGUGCCGUGCCGUGCCGUGCGGCGCCGGCUCCUCCCCGCGCGGCGCUAUGUCACGCGGAGGCGCGGUGCCGGCGGUCGGGACUCGGUAGCGCGGGGCGAGGCGAGCGCAGCGCAGCCGGGAUCCCGCCGCCGCCGCCGCCGCCGCCGCCUGCUCCGGGAGCCACCGCCACCACCACCACCGCCGCCGCCGCCCGGGAAGAGCCAGCAGCGCCGGGGCUGGCUUCGCGGCGGUCGCGUCGCGCCUGCCGGCCCGCCGGGGCCCCGCACCGUCCACCCGCCGCCGCCGCGCCCCGCCGCCCCCCGGCCGGCGGCCCCGGGCCGCGCGCCGCCCCCCUGCCCCGGCCGGCGGGGCUCUGCGUCGCCGCGCGGAUGCCGCCGCAGCAGGAGGGCGAGGCGGGCUACAUCAGCAAGCCGGUACCGGGCGGCUGCGAGGUGCCGCCGGUGCCCCCGCGUAGGGUGCGCAGCGGGCGGGCGGCGGCGGCUCUUGGGGCGGCGCUGGGCGGCCGCUGCCGGGCGGCGGGGACCGGGGCCGGGGCCUCGGCGGGGACCGGAGCCGGGACCGGAGCGGGGGCCGAGCCGCGGCGGAGCAUCAAGUGCGUGCUGGUGGGGGACGGCGCCGUGGGGAAGACCAGCCUGGUGGUGAGCUACACCACCAACGGGUACCCCACCGAGUACAUCCCCACCGCCUUCGACAACUUCUCCGCUGUCGUGUCUGUCGAUGGCAAGCCGGUGAGACUUCAGCUCUGCGACACAGCUGGUCAGGAUGAAUUCGACAAGCUCAGGCCUCUGUGCUACACCAACACGGACAUCUUCUUGCUGUGCUUCAGUGUGGUGAGUCCGUCGUCCUUCCAGAACGUGAGUGAGAAGUGGGUUCCCGAAAUCCGAUGCCACUGCCCCAAGGCGCCCAUUAUCCUGGUUGGGACGCAGUCGGACCUCCGGGAGGAUGUCAAAGUUCUCAUCGAGCUGGACAAGUGCAAAGAAAAGCCAGUCUCGGAGGAGGCUGCGAAGCUCUGUGCCGAGGAAAUAAAAGCCGCGUCCUACAUCGAGUGCUCUGCUUUGACUCAGAAAAACCUCAAGGAGGUCUUUGAUGCGGCCAUCGUGGCAGGUAUUCAGUACUCGGAUACCCAGCAGCAACCAAAGAAAUCCAAGUGUAGGACUCCAGACAAGAUGAAAAACCUCUCCAAAUCCUGGUGGAAAAAAUACUGCUGUUUUGUAUAGGGGUUGCAAGGACCUGAGUGCUGCUCUGAGGAAAUCGAAUAGAGGCUAUAUUAGCUGAAAUCUCAUUCUGUGUCGUCCCGAGUGUAUAGUGUAGAUCUGUAUGUAUGUGUAUAUGUUGCUACUGGAUAUCUCAGUUGCCCUUUCGAGGGUGGCAGAAGGAUUCUUAGUUAAAUAAUUGCUAUAAAUCAGGUCUGGCAUCCAGUUUCGUGACUAAAGCCUCUCAUUAAGGAAGAAGAGCACCACGUGUCUGUGAGGGUAGAAGGAUUUGUCCAAAGGAUUCGACUGCUUGUAAGGUGUAUGCGACGGGGAGGAGCACACAAGAGGCCUUUGCUGCCCGGGCUUCGCAGGAGGAACGCGCGAGCCACGGUGGAAACGUAGAGCUCUGCAUGUGGACGAUCAAAGGGAAAAAUAACACUGUGCCUCCUAACUGACAUUUGUAGCUUUAAAACCCCCCUCCUGCUCUCUUCUCCGUGUCUUCCCAAGCCAACGCUCUUAGGGAUCGCUUUAAAAAGUGUAUGCGAGAGGUGUAAUCUAUACACAAAUGCCACGGUUGGAAAGGUCAUGAAUAUACCUUCAGCAUGCGGUGAGGGAACCUGAUCCCUUACGGAGCUGGCAUCUCGUUUGUCACCUCCUGACUUUGUGAAAGUCCUUUCUGUCCUCCUUCCCCUGCCCUUCCCAGGCAGUCGAGUGGAAGCCCGAGAACGCGACCAAGCUUUAACUCGCUACCUCGAGCAGUGGCGAUUUCCUCUGUAUUUUUGCAGACAUGACGACAGUUCAUCUAUUUCAGCUGAAAGGAAUGUAAAUGCUGUUGUGUUGGGGGUUUAUUUUAUUAUCUUUUUUUUUUAAAGAGAUGUAACAAAUAUCCAUGCAGCACCAUGUAAACCACAUCUGGUUUUAAGUCUACAGCCAAGAAUUUCAGGAUGCCCCUCCUUACCUUUUAAGGCUGCUAAACAAAUAACAAAUCAGGCAGAUUAAGAUCUGUAACAAACCGGACUCUAGAAACUGAGGCUUCUGUGUCCUCUUCACGAUGCUUUUUUCAACCAAGUUAAUGUUUCCCUUCUAAAGGCAGCAGUCGCUUGUGGUUGAAUCUUGUCCAAGCUCGUAGUCGUGAAAUUGGCUGAGGCCACCCCAGAAAUUUAACUGAUAAUUUUUUUUCCCAGAUCAGUACAACAGAUUAACUGAAAUGUGCCUAAAAUGUAGCUGUGUGGUCAACGUAGUGCAGAGUUGAGUGUGACCUGUUCUCUGACUAAAUCUGAUUCCUACUAAACUAAGCCCAAUUCCAGCCCUGGCGAGUUUGAAAGGCCUGAGGGAUAACAUAGACUCUCUGCAAGAAUCAGUAUUUUAACUUAUUCUGCAGAGGACAUUUCAUUUGUGCUGUCUGUCUGUCUGCCUUUUUAUGGCCCUACCUACUUUUUUUUUUCCCUAGAUAUUUCAAGAUCAGAUUAUAUUCUUUUUUUUUUUUUCCCUUUGGCCAUAGCCUUGAAGUGACCUUUUUCAUAGUCUUAAACUAAACUGCAGUGACAGAAAACCGGAACCUUUUUUUCAUCAGAAAUGAAUCAAUGCCUGAUAUAAAGAAGAACUGUGGAAGCCAUUUGAGUUGAUAAAGAUGACCACAGUUUACCUCCUGGCCCAUUAAAGAAAAUGACACUAUGUAAAUGGAUUCUGGGCUGUAUUGGCAUAGGGUCCACAGGCAGUAUUUUUUCCUCCUCUACAGCGAAAUGAGUGCAGAAUGGGUAAUGUUCCAUUGCUGAAAACUUGAAAAUGGGAUGGAAAUCUUUACCUAGGGCCUGAUUCAAUAAAAAUGUGUUGGCUUCUGCACUGGAACAGCCUGGAAAAACAGUUUCCAUAGCACAGAAGCUGGAUGCAUUUAACUUGGUUGCAUCUGGUUGGUAAUGGUUUAAUGUUUACUGGUCAUGAAGUUAGCAUCUGAGCCUUUAUAUUUCUUACUCGAAUGCUUUGACAGGAUCUCAGAUAUGCAGUCAUACCGUCAUCUUGGAGAAAAACAUAAAGCCAGAUUUCUCUUGGGUGCUUUGCUCCUCUGAAAAACGGUCUCAGUUGAUCAAAAAUGUGGGUUUGGGGAGGAGACAGGCUUGAAUCUGAGCAGCUUCCAUUUGCAAAAAUAACAAAAUUUCUUCUGCAAGAUCAUACUGCUUUAUAUCAUGCUGUACUGGAAGCAGUAGGUUAUAUUUUAUAAGCAGCCUGUUUCAUAGUCUGGAGUAGCAUUACUUUUAAAUGUAGCCAGCUGUGACUGUUUCUGAAAAUGUGAUGUAUAUACAACUUGUUAUAGCCCUUUACUAGGUGUGUGUAAACUGAGGUCUAAUAACUUUAUGAAUACUGCUCUACACGGGGCUACACAGGGUCUAGGUUUUAGAAAUAUUACUUUGAAAAUCAGCAGUAUUUUAUGAGCGCAAGUGAGGGGGAGAUGUCUCUAUGUAGUCUAUAAUCUGAUGUGCCUUAUUAAAAAAAACACCUCUCUUCUGUUUUCUAAGUGUAGGCUAUAUUCCGAAAGAAAUAUUUCAUGUGAGAAUGAUAUAAAUGAGGGAUUUGGAAAUAAAUUCUGACCUGUGUA